CAAACGUCAAAGUAUAGUAAAUAUUUGUGGGAGUAUGCAGAAAAACGAUAAAAAUGAAUUUAAUUGAAGAAAGAAAAAUAGAGAUAUCAAAUAAACUUAAGAAGUCACUGUUUCAGGAGCAGGCAAAUUUAUUACUUUUACAAGAAAGAUUGGCCAAAAGUGCACAUCUAACUGAAGGAAUUGGUAAUAUUUUAAACACUUUUGAACAGAGAUUAUCUCGACUAGAGGACACUAUUUUACCAGUAUAUAAUGAAACUGAAACUCUACGUAGAGCUCAAUGCAAUAUUGAACCUACCUUGCAUUUACUUGACAAUGUUAUAAGCCAUUAUGAGGUUUCCGGUGAUGUUGAACUUAUAAUUGAGAGAGGACCAGGAGAAGGUGGAACUGAUCUUCAAUCGUACAUACAUGCUCUUGAAAGGCUAGCAGAUGCACAAAAGUAUUUUGAAAAAAACAUACCACAGAGUGUUGAGUUGAUAAAUGUAACUUCAUUUUUUCAUAAAGGUAGUGACAAAUUGAAUGCAGAAUUUAAACUAAUUUUGGAUAAAUAUAACACUCCAAUUUUACCAGUGGUACUACUUGAUUUAAUUAAUUUAGAUGAUUCCGCAAGAGACGUCAAAGUCAUACCUAAACAAAUUCCCGAUGAGGCAAAAUCUCAGUUAAUCCAAAUAGGAAACUGGCUAUUUGGACAUGGCAGAGACGAAUAUUUAACUGUGUACGGAAAAGUACGUGGUAGCGUGUUACAGAGGUCCUUAACGAUGUUAAGAAAUCAUCAAAAAUCUGUCAGCGGUGGAAGUGUGCAUGGUACAACAAGUUCGCCCAUGCUAAAACCCAAAUUCCCAAACAGACACGAAGCAUCAAGAAAACCAUCCACCAGACGAAUAGGUCAAGUUUUCGAAAGAAAAGCCAACAAGAUGUUUCUCAAAGCUUCUCAUACUUUAGAGCAAUCUACUGGGCUUUCUCUAGGAACUAGAAGGGCAUCACAUUUAGAUACAUCGUAUAUUGGGGAAGAAUUAGAUAAUGAACAAGAAAUGGAAAAUUAUCUUAUAUCAGUAAUAGCUUUGCACAGAUUGAUGCAAUUCGAACAAAUUUUGAUGAAAGAUAUCAUAACUCCCGCACAUCAACCAAGGGUAUUUGAACUUAUCGUCAGGGAAGCUAUGGAUACUAUUGUUCAAGAUGGCGAGAAUAUCGUAUCCAGAGCAAAAAAAUGUAUUGCCAGGCAUGACUUUGCUACGGUUCUUGUAAUAUUUCCAAUUUUUAAACAACUUCGAAACCUGAAACCCGAAUUUGAAAGAACUGUUGAAGAAUACGAUUUAAACGUUAAGCAGAAGUUUGAUCAGAUAAUUCAGAUGCUUCAUGCUACGGGUGCAAAGGCUUUAGAAGAUUUCGUCGACAGUAUCCGUUCAGAUUCAGUUACUCAAUUGCCCAGUGAUGGAACGGUGCACGAAAUGACCAGUAACGUUAUAAUGUUUUUGGAACAAUUGCUAGAUUAUACCGACACCAUUGGUAUAGUACUCGAACAAGAUCAAAAUUAUUCUAGACAAUUGGGUAAACUUAAAUUUAGCGAUCGUAGUAAAGCUCUAUUGGGUCUUUAUAUAAAAAAAGUGUUGGCUCAAUUAAAUCAUACGUUAAUUAGUAAAAGCGAGCAAUACAGCGACACGGCUUUACGAUCCUUAUUUCGUUUAAAUAAUAAUAAUUAUGUAUUAAAAUCACUCCAAAGAACUAAUUUAAUGGACAUUUACUUGAUUUCCGAGCCCAACUGUCAAGAUUAUUACUAUACUUCUAUUCAGGAUAACAAGAAGAAUUAUUCCUUAAGCUGGAACAAACUUUUGAAUUAUAUUAGUUGUGAUGAUCCUUCCGUUAAUAUUCAUAGUGACAAAUUAAAAGACAAAGAACGAGCUGUUAUUAAAGAAAAAUUUGCCGGAUUUAAUAAGGAAAUAGAAGACAUUUCUAAAGUACAAAGAGGUUACUCUAUUCCUGAUAUUGAACUAAGAGAGAGUAUUAAACGUGAUAAUAAAGAACUUAUCAUUCCAAGAUAUAAUGCCUUUUAUAACAAAUAUGCCGCUUUGAAUUUUACAAAAAAUAUAGAAAAAUAUAUAAAACAUAAACCAGAUGAAGUAUCGGCUAUUAUCGAUAGAUUUUUUGAUGUAGCUGCAUAAUUUUAAAGUAUUCACCUUACUUAAAUUAUAAUAUGUACUAUUGUUAUAUUCUUUAUUUAGAUAUUUAUUAUUAUUUUAGGAAAAUAUAAAUGCAAUAUUUUAUAUGUUGAAUUAA